CCAGGGCCCGCCCCGCGCCCGCCCCCGCCCAGCCCCGCGCGCGGCCUGCCUGGGAGUCGCCCACUUCGCCGCCAUCCGGAGCGCUCGAGGGCUGGGCAGCUCGGCGAGGCCGCUGGCGCUGGGGUUCCCUGGCGAGCAGGACAGGCUUCUUUGGCUUUGGAGUCCCUAGAUGGUGACAUCUGUCCCCUCCAGAAUGAAGGUCUUCUUGGCGGUGCUGCUGGCUGGCCUUCUGGGUGUGCAGCAAGCCCACUCGCUGGUGUGCUUCUCCUGCACGAAUCAGAACAGCAACUGGUACUGCCUGAAGCCGACCGUCUGCUCCAAUUCGGACAACUACUGUGUGACCGUGUCCGCUGCUGCUGGCAUUGGGAACGUCGUGGACUUUGGCUACACCCUGAACAAGGGCUGCUCCCCAAUGUGCCCUGGCCCAAGUGUCAACCUCGGUGUGGCGUCCGUGGGUACCCGCUGCUGCCAGAGCUUCCUGUGCAAUUUCAGCGCAGCUGAUGGUGGGCUUCGGGCCAGCACCACCCUGCUGGGCAUUGGGCUGCUGCUCAGCCUGUUGCCAGCUCUGCUACGGCCUGGCCCCUGACCAUUCAGACCCUGUGCCCCCACCCCUAGCUCAGGAAAGAAAGCCCAGAACCCCCCAGCCCCCUCACUCCUCACUGCACCUGGAAUUGCCCCCUUAGCCCCAGGGUCAGGCCCACCUGUUCCAGCCCCUGCUCAGGUGGGGCCAGUUGCCUUCAAUUCAGGACCAGGGGACCAGGAAAGGGGUGAGGAUCUCCCUGGAGUUUCAGGGUGCUGGGAGGUCAGAAUUGAGUUCUGUGUCCAUACAGGAAGGGACACCUAAGCCCCAGGCCCUGGUGGCCCCAGGCUGGCCGCACCACACGGGAUGCCUAUGAAUGUGGGGGGCUGUGGUCCCAGGCUCUGCAGGGGCGAGUGUGGCUGUUUGGGGAAGGAAGGGUGGGGAACAGCCUACAGAACCCACAGAUCCCCUUCAUUGGCUUUGCUGUGCCCACCCCACUCAGCCUCUGCAAGGCAGGGGUUCCUCUGCCUCCUAAUCUGGGCCCCCACCCUGCCUACCCCUUGCACCCUCACUGGAGCCCUUCUGCUGCUUUGGUGCCUCAAAUAAACACAUGUCCCCACCCCCUGCUCUGGGUGUGGCUGCCCCCCUGCCUGGGAUCCCCCUCCCAGCAGAGUCCCAGUGGGGAAGGGAGGAGCAGAGAGCCUAGAUUCCAGGGCCUGGGGGUCCUCUGUGGCACAGCCCCAAACCCAGGCCCAGUUGGGGCACGGGGAGAGGAGGAGGAGAGGCCCCUAGCCCCAGCCAGCUGCUCACCCAGGCUUGGAAGGAAACCUCACUGUGGUUUCUGCACUUUCUCUCCCCAGGCUGGAUGGGUCAGAGUUCAGCCUCCCACAGGGGCAGGAAGGCUGGGAGCUGGAGGAGAGAAAGUAGGGGGUCCUCCAGCCCAGAAGUGGCAGGAAGGAGCACACACAGGACAGGAAGCACCCCGGGCGCUAGAACCUGGUACAGGGGGUACCUGGGCCAGCUGGGAUAAAGGAGGCCAGGGUCAGAGUUCUGGAGUUCAGUCUGGGGGCAGGUGUGUGGCCCUGUUGGAGGGCCCGUGGGAGGAGCAGGGGCCCUCACUCAGGACAGGUGGGCACUAGCUGAGCUGGGCAGCCUGUCCCUAGCCGAUCCAAUCCCAGGACUGUCAGGCCUGCUGCUGCCCAGGCCAGUGGUCUGCAGUUGGGAGUUUGGGGUUUCGGUGCUCUGCUUCUGACUGCUGAGAAAACAAGAAUGAAGGAGCUUGUGAAAUAG